CAGACUCACUUCUUCAGCCUGCCUGUACGGAUCUGUGUACAAAUCCCGUUUCUGAAAAGACUGCUGGCCGAGUGGACGAACCGACGAGAAAGGGACACAGAGCACAACCGUUUCUGACAUGCACUUUGAUAAAUCACCAAAAGAGAAGGCGUGUUGCACCCAGCUCACAGUAAAGAAACUUUUGGAGCAGAAGAGAAAACGCGAGACAUCAGCCGUGCUUCCCCCCUGCUCUGCUGCCAGUACAAGUCCAAUUCCUCCGACUACUAUUGCAGAGCUGACUACACCAGAGACGUUUACAUUUACAGGUGGAGCAAUAAGCUACUCUGACAUGGCAGUGAGCUAUCAUUCUUGCGCCCCAUCCCAUGAAUCCACUCACAGUUACUACAGCAGUGACCCAGGACCCAGUUAUGAUUCAUCCUACCUUCAGAUGCAACCUGAAUACAGCACACAGCAGCAAGUCUCAAUUUUUGGAGACUCAAUAUCUAUGCCAUAUGACUGCUCUAUGGCGGUUCCAGAACCCAGUGUGGCUCCAUCUUGGUCCCAUCUGAGUCUGAGUGAUAACACACAGCAUAUUUAUAGCUCUUCAAUGGAUACUUUAAAACUGGAGGAAGCUAGGAUGCUGCUCAGUGGGAUGGACUACAGCAGAGCCACUUGUCAGGACGAAGAUGGUGACACUAUCCUGCACAUCUACACAGCCAAAGGACUCCGGGAGUACGCCUUUGCUGCUGCAGAGAGGCUGAGGGAAGUGGGGAGGCUGGAUGCCAAGGAACACAAGGGAAAGACUGCCUUACUGGUGGCAGUGACGGCCAACCAGCCAGAGAUUGUACAGGAUCUUCUGUUGUUGGGAGCGGACAUAAACGCCUGUGACUUUAAAGGUCAAACUGCUCUUCAUUUGGCUGCCCACUAUGGAUUCCCAGCAGUUCUCCAGGCAAUUCUGUCAGGUAGACCAAAUCUCAACCUGGAAGCUCGCAACUUUGAAGGUAUGACGCCUCUACACUGUGCAGCCAUUUCUCACAGUGUCACCAUAAAAGCUUCUUCAGCUGCACCGGCAGACGUUAGUCUUCAGGCCAAAGCUGAGGAGAAGCUGUCGUGUGUACGGAUGCUUUUCCAUGCAGGGGCCUCCCUUCUCAGCCAGGAAAUCAAAAGUAACAAGACGGUGCUUCACUUGGCUGUGAAGGAGGGGAACAUUAAGCUGGUGGACUACCUGCUGGGGAGUCGCCUCCAAAACAUGAAAGACUUUGUUAAUAUGAAAGCCCAUGGUCACACGGCUUUACACAUGGCGGCGGGUCUUCAUGGCAACCAAAACCAGGAGAAGAUCCUGCAGCUGCUGCUGGACCGAGGAGCCGAUCCCAGCAUCCGCAACCUGGAGAACGACCAGCCAGCUCACCUGCUGCAGAGUGGCCCGCAAGGAGAACGGCUCAAAUUCAUGUUGAAAAGACGAAGCAGUUCUCGUUCUGGCAGGACCAGGAACAACUUAGAUCACUUGUAAUCCCGAUUUGCUGGGAU